AUGGAAUUAGAUGAAUCGACAAAGAAAGCACUGAAAGCUAUUCCAUUGAUGAAGACGAAGGCUGGACCUCGGGAUGGCGAUUUAUGGAUUCAGAGAUUAAAGGAAGAAUAUGAAGCUCUGAUAGCUUUUAUUAACAAUAACAAGACUGCAGACUUAGAUUGGUUUCGUUUGGAAAGUAACAGCGAUGGGACAAGAUGAUAUGAAUUUGAUGUUGAAUUUGACAUCCCGGUAACAUAUCCUACUACUGCUCCAGAAAUUGCAUUACCCGAACUAGAUGGCAAAACUCCGAAAAUGUAUAGAGGAGGACGAAUUUGCUUAUCAGAUCACUUCAAACCGUUGUGGGCUCGAAAUGUGCCGAAAUUUGGAAUUGCGCAAGCGUUCUCAUUGGGACUAGGACCCUGGUUAGCAGUGGAAGUUCCAGAUUUAUGUAAAACGCUCAAAUGGCGUGGCAAACCGUUAUUUGUAAAGCAUCGUACUCAGGCUGAAAUCGAAGAAGCGCGAAAUGUAAAAUUGAGUGAACUGAGAGAUCCGGAAGAAGACUCAGCUCGCGUAAAACGUCUGGAAUGGCUUAUUUGA